GCCACAUACUCUUGGAAAUGGCGCAAGAUUUGGAAAGACAAGGAUAUGUAUACUCAGUGGUGGAGCUUAAGAACAAGAUGCAUAACUUGACGACACGGUACCGAAAGGAGAAACAAAAGGUAGGACCAACAGGCGGUUCACCCUCGAACUGGAAUCUUUUUCAAGAAAUACAAUCCUUAUUGGCUCCAUAUAAAAGUUAUCACACAGAAGGUCUAUUGGUCGACAGUGUAAAUAACAUAAACUCCCAGUCGUUGUGUUCAAUCCCGGGUUCACCAUUGCCAUCACCAUCAGCGUAUUCUGCUUCACCGCUGCCAUCGCCAUCAAUUGCUGCCACUUCGCCGCUGCCAUCACCAUCCAUUCCUAUAACUUCUCCGCUGCCAUCACCAUCCAUACCUGUAAUUUCGCCGGUCCCAUCACCACCCAUAACUAUAGCUUCGCCGCUGCCAUCGCCAAAUAUGUCGGAAGAUUCACCGGCACCAUCGACUUCCGCUAGAGCUAGAAGGAAAGAGGAAUUAGCUAAUUUAUUCAAAAGGGUGGAGAGGAAUAUUGAAACAAUUCAAAAAGAUAUAAAAUCUACGUCGGAAAAGUUUGUUUCUAUUGAAGAGGAGAAAAAAGAAAUUUUAAAAUGGUAUGUGAAGAAUGAAGCUGAGGUGCAAAAGGCACUAAUAGAGUUUCUGAAAAGGCCAUAAGUUUCAGAAAAUGGAAUGAAAACAGUACACUUAAGAGUACAGUCAGAGUUAAAAGUUAGUACAUAUGUAUACACCUUAUUCUUUUAUAAUAUUCAAAGUGUUUUUGAUGAAAAAAGUUUUUCAAUAAUUUUUUAUUAAAAUUUUCAAGAUUUCAGAAUUUUUAAAAACUUUUGAGGUAUGCAAUAAGAAAGUGCAGGUUCCAAGUGCCUGAAAAUUUCCGUUCAUUUUAAAUAAUUUUUGUGUAAACCGUAUAGCGUAUUUCCUUCCAUACAAAAAUUCAUAUUGCAUGUACGCUCUCUCUAUUAUAUCUGCGUACACCCUUGUUUUUUUAAACAUUCACAAUGUUUUGCA